UCUCUUAAUUACCACAAUUUACCAUCCAUUCUCCCCAUCCUGAUCUAAUCCUUUCUUUAUUCAGGUGUACCACUCUCCACUCUCUCCAACUUAGGGGGCAAUAAAUCAAUCCCCUUUCCUCUCAUUGUAGAAUAUGCUGAUCAGUAAGAUGUUCUUCGCGGCGAUUUCAGUACUCAUCUUUGCAUGUUGAUAAAAAUUCAAAAUCUUAUUGUCGCGCGAAUUUGCGCUUCGAUCUGAUGAACAUUGAUUCAGAGGGUAUUCCACAUUCUAUGGAACCUGAAGCACCUUUAAAUGAAACCCACCAAAGUGCCUCUGAAAUUGAAAUGCCCAUCAAGAAGGGGAGAGCAACAACAAAACAUGUAGCCAACAUUGCUUUAUCCGAUAUUGUUAAGUACUUCAAUCUGCCUAUCGUCGAAGCUUCGAGAAAUUUGAAGAUCGGGCUCACCGUGCUGAAGAGAAAAUGCAGAGAAUUCGGAAUACCUCGCUGGCCUCACCGGAAAAUUAAGUCUCUCGACUCUCUCAUACAUGAUCUCCAGGAGGAGGUUCAUCAGCAGGAGAAAGAAAACAAAGUUGCUGCUGUAAAAGCAGUUACUAAGCGGCAACGGAUGCUCGAAAGCGAAAAAGAAGCUAUUGAGAAGAGCCCUUUCAUGGAGUUAGAGAGGGAAACCAAAAGGUUCAGGCAAGAUGUUUUCAAAAGAAGACACAGAGCGAAAGAUCUAAAGAAGAAAUGCCCAUGAACUAUGAUGCGCAAAGGAGAAGAGAAAAUUUGUACUUUAUAUAUGAUUACAAUUCUAUCAAUGA